GCGGAGCCGAGCCGGGCCGGCCCUGUGCAUUGUGGUCCGUCGGCGGGGGGCGAACAUGGCCGAGAAGCAGAAGCACGACGGGCGGGUGAAGAUCGGGCACUACGUGCUGGGAGACACGCUGGGGGUCGGCACCUUCGGCAAAGUCAAGAUUGGCGAACACCAGCUGACAGGGCACAAAGUAGCAGUAAAAAUACUCAACAGGCAGAAAAUCCGCAGCCUGGAUGUGGUUGGGAAGAUCAAACGGGAAAUUCAAAACCUUAAACUCUUUCGGCAUCCUCAUAUUAUCAAACUGUACCAGGUCAUCAGCACGCCAACAGACUUCUUCAUGGUCAUGGAAUACGUAUCUGGCGGGGAACUAUUUGAUUACAUCUGUAAGCAUGGACGUGUUGAAGAGGCAGAAGCUCGACGCCUUUUCCAGCAGAUUCUCUCUGCAGUGGAUUAUUGCCACAGACACAUGGUUGUCCACCGAGACCUGAAACCAGAGAACGUGCUGCUGGACGCACACAUGAAUGCAAAGAUAGCCGAUUUUGGAUUGUCCAACAUGAUGUCAGAUGGCGAAUUUCUACGCACCAGCUGUGGCUCCCCAAAUUACGCAGCCCCUGAAGUCAUCUCUGGAAGGCUGUAUGCUGGCCCAGAAGUGGACAUCUGGAGCUGUGGUGUUAUCCUGUAUGCCCUUCUCUGUGGCACUCUGCCUUUUGAUGACGAGCACGUCCCCACCCUCUUCAAGAAGAUCCGAGGAGGUGUGUUUUACAUCCCGGAAUACCUCAACCGCUCCGUUGCCACUCUCCUCAUGCACAUGCUGCAGGUUGACCCCCUCAAGCGAGCAACCAUCAAGGACAUCAGGGAACAUGAGUGGUUUAAGGAGGAGCUGCCCAGUUACCUGUUCCCAGAGGACCCUUCUUAUGAUGCCACCGUCAUUGAUGAUGAUGCAGUUCGGGAAGUUUGUGAGAAGUUUGAAUGCACGGAGUCGGAGGUGAUGAACAGCCUGUACAGUGGUGACCCUCAGGACCAGCUAGCGGUGGCUUACCACCUCAUCAUCGACAACCGGAGGAUCAUGAACCAAGCCAGCGAGUUCUACCUCGCCUCCAGCCCCCCGACUGGCUCCUUCAUGGAUGACAGCACCUUGCAUAUCCCUCCUGGGGUGAAGCCGCAUCCCGAGCGGAUGCCACCGUUGAUAGCAGACAGCCCCAAAGCACGAUGUCCUUUGGAUGCCCUCAACACCACAAAGCCAAAACCCCUGACUGUCAAAAAGGCCAAGUGGCACCUGGGAAUCCGCAGCCAGAGCAAACCCUAUGACAUUAUGGCAGAGGUGUACCGUGCUAUGAAACAGCUGGACUUCGAGUGGAAGGUAGUGAACUCCUACCAUCUCAGAGUACGCCGCAAGAACCCAGUGACAGGCAAUUAUGUGAAGAUGAGCCUGCAGCUCUACCAGGUUGACAACCGCAGCUAUCUCUUGGAUUUCAAAAGCAUUGAUGAUGAUGUGAUGGAGCAGAGGUCUGGCUCAUCCACGCCGCAGCGCUCCUGCUCUGCUGCUGGCUUGCACCGGCCGAGGCUGAGCAUUGAUGCUGCUGCAGCCACCGAGUGCCAGUCACUGACAGGCUCCCUGAGUGGCUCCUUUGUGGGCAGCAUCCCCUCGGUGACACCGCGCCUGGGCAGCCACACCAUGGACUUCUUCGAGAUGUGUGCCAGCCUCAUCAUGGCCCUGGCUCGCUGAUGAGUGGCACUGAGGCACCGGUCCCUCCACACACGGUAUUGCACUGUGAGGAUCUGGUCUGACUUGUCCGCUCCUUGUUUCUUCUGCUUCGGUCCUCCUCCUCCGUCCCUCACCACUCCACAGACUGUGACACAGACCCAAUUCCUGACCCAGAACAUACACCCCUCUAACAAGGCACUGAGGAAAUCAAGAACAGCUUCAUUUCAUUCACGAUACCGUGGUGAAAUGUAUCCAAGAUCCUUUUUUUCCUGGUGAACCAAAUGGGAAAUAUUGGCAUGACUGUAAAGUAGCAAAUGUAUCACUGAGGUUUUGGAAUACACCUCCCCUCUGUUUCGUCCUGAGUUAACUGAGCGCUGGCCAAGCCUUCUGAGAUAUAGGCAGCAUGUGAUGAGAUUGAUGUUGUGUCCCCUUUGCUGUGCAGAGCAGGGCUGAGCCAGGUCAGAGGGGUCAACCAGGAGCUACAAGGAAUGGAGUGGAGGGGUAGUGAAGCAGCUCUGCGGCACUCACAUGUGGGUGCCAGAAGACUGCCAGCCUCUGGUAAUACUUUCCUCCUAAAACUAGCAGCUGCUUAGAUGCUUCUGCACUAGUGCAAUAUGCCAUGCCCUGUUUUUUUCCCCAUGCUAAAGAUGAGAAGGUGGGAUUUGCAAAGGUACUGUUGUAAACCUGCAUUGGAAAAUCCUCUAUGUGUCAAUUCUUUACAGAGGAAUGUCGCUGAAGAUGCUUUGUUUCUUCUCACAAGAGCCCCAGACGUCACUGACCUGCUCACCACAUUCAGAUGCAAAGGCUGCUUGCCUUUUAACCAGCCCUUAAUCAUCAUGCCCAGCCAACAUGCUCACUCUCCCCUUCCACACCACCAGUUCCAGGGCCUGAAUCUCAAGCAGGAGUCCAAUGAGCCACCAAUGGACAGCAAGAUGCAGGUGACCCACCUGAAAACCAAGCACUUCACCCACACCUCACCCAAGGGUGGGGAUCCAGGCGAGAUCGAGCAGCAUCCUGCAGCUCUGGAGCAAUUAUCCCUCACCUUUCCGAUAGGAAGCCUUCACCUGUUGUCACCAUCCUAGAACCACUGCAAAUCUGCCUUCCUUACCUCCCUGCUCACGGCUUCAUGCUGCUGGAGGCUUGCUUUUCAUGCUGAAGGGCUCUCCCAUCCUGCUGCUGCUCACCGGACUGUGACCUUCACCACACCACUGAUAAGGCAGGGAUAUCUGAAUCCAGAGUUUUACUCUUUCUUUACUACUGGUUACCUGAAGGAUAGGGUUUUCUUUUUUAAGACAAACUACAGGGAUUUUUAAGGUUAAAUUCUUGUUAUUCAAGGGUAAGCUCUAAUGCAUGUAUGAUUACUUUGUGUAAAAGAAUUCUUAUUUUUUGAUUACCUAAGUUUAAUUUAAUGGGCCUCUGCUUGGCUUUGCUAUGGUAUUUGAUUCCAUUUACUUGAUCUCAAAGAAAGAUAAUAGUCUCAUCAGUCAAGGAGAAAAUGCUUUAUGAAAACUUUGCCAAAAAUAUUCAGGGACAAACACACACGUUUAUUUUCUUCUCUUUUUGGGGUUUUGUUUUAAGAAACAAAGCAAAGGGGAACUUUUGCUGGUCCCAGGUAUGUGGUCAUUCAACUUAAAAAACUUUAAUCCAUCUUUUUGAUAGUUUCUUAUGACCCAUCAAGGGGUUUUGACAGGUGUUUUUUUUUGUACAGUUGCACUUUAGUUUAUACUUUCUGCAAGUUUCUAUGGGAAGCAAGGAAGGGAAUGACGCAUUAAGCCUUUUGUACUCAUCAUUUUAGGCAAUGUAAACAAAUACGGGAUAUUUUUGCCAUCUACUAGCAGUUCAAUGGACAUUUUCAGCUUGAAGUCCCUUUUUCUUUCCUUAAGAAACACAAAAUUGCCUUACUUUUAUUCUAGAAGCCGCACAAAGUAGAAAGCUUCUAAACAGUUUUGCUGGUCUUGUCUGCUAAAUCCAGCACAGCAGUGGUUGGAUUAUAAACCCAGCAGCAGAAUACUUUUGUUUUUAGAAUAAAUACUGGAAAUAUUUGUAGUACUCCUAGGUUUUGUAAUGAUCUUUUUAUUAUGUGAUCAUUAUUGAAUAAAUACUCUGGGGUAGAGGAUGGCUUUGAUUACUGUGCCUGGUGGCUAUCAGAUGAUGCAUGUCUCCAGCGCUGUGGUGGGAGCAGGUCAGACCUGGUGAGGAUGGAGAACCUAGACUCCUGCAGGCAAAAAACACCCCACCCCAGAACCAAAGCUGAGCAGCACACCCAGGUCUUUAACAGCUUUCAGAUCAGUGCUGAGACAUGAGCAAACACUGAGUAAACAGCCCUAAAUGGUUUCAGGUGCUGUAGAUAAGCCCCUUUGGAAAAGAGCAGGAGAAGGCAGCUGAGCAGCCAUAGGGACAGACAUUCAUUUCCAUCCAGGAAACAGCUAUGAGUGUCUAUACCCCAGCUAUGGAAUGUGUUUGAAAUGGAAAAAUGUUUUUAAAUCAUCACUCACAACUGAACAUCUUGCCAAAGUUGCUUGUCCUGGAAACAUCUGUAGCCCGGUUGAUAAGGGGCUGGUGCAGAUUAUAUUAGAUAUAAUCUGUGGUUCAGAAGCAUUUAGAUGUACAGAUGUCUUGCUUUAAAAUGACACUUGUCCUCUGGGAUUUCCCACCCAGCAGAACUAAUAGUAUUAAACAGCAGCAAAUGAUCUUGGUAGGAUAUAUUUGCUUCCUGGAGGUGGGUGGGAUUUCUAGGUGGUAAAAUAAGCCCUUGUGGCACUUGGCAUCUUCUCAGACCCGUGCAAACAUAAACUCAUGUAUGGAUCUGCAAAACCAGUCCUGCUUAGAAGGCAAGACGAAUGGCUCAGUUUUCCAUACGGAGAGACACAAAGAGAGAUGAAGCAACUUUCCUGCUUGAUGUCAGCAGAGGCAGUGGAGUGAAUAGGACUGAUGGAAAUACCUCUUUGAUGAACCCAUUGAUUGAACUGUCCAUUACAGCCUUACCCAAAUCCACGCUGCAUAGUGAAAUAUUCUGAGAAGUUUCACUCAUUUUUUUUUCCUUUAAUAUUGUAUUCAUUUUACCUUCAGAUAAGCUGUUUUCUCGUUCCUCGCUGCAAAGAAGCUACUGACCUCCAGUUAUAUUUUUCCAGACGAAAAGAUUAACUUUUACAUUGUUACACUGUGGUCAGGUUUGGUUUUUGAGUUAAUGCUGGUACAUGCAUGUGCAUUGGGAAGAGCAGGGAAGACAUAUCUGAAUUACAGAAACUUGAAUUACUCCAAGUGCAAUUCUUCAAAAACCUCUGGACAGCUGCGCUUUGCAAGCCACAAACUCACCCAAACUUUGCUUCAGCCCAAAGGGGAGAGAGACAAAAUGUAAAGGAUAUAGAGUUCGGAAUAGGUCCCAGCAUUAACCUCCAGCUCUUGGGUGAGUUCAUUCAGAAAUAGCUUGUAUUGUAUUAGUUGGAAAACAUAUAUAUGUAUGCAUAUAUAAUAUGUGCAUAUAUAUAUAUAUCUAAAAAUGUGGUUAGCAUCCCUGUCAGUGGCCUCUCAGUUUUAUUUGCCCAGCAGCGUAGGUGUGUGCCCUGGAUGCCUGCCAUCGCACACACUAAUCCGAGCAUGCGAGAGGACCUGGAGAAAAGGGAUGGUAUUUUUACAUCCUCUUCUAGGUAAAGCCCAUGAGUAGCUUAGCUGACCCCUUUGGACCCAGCACAGCCUUGUCUGGGAAAGGGAGGAGAGGAGCCACAAGCAUCCUGCCCUUCCACACUCCCUGGCCAAAGCCCUUGUGCCAAUGGGGUUUGGGGCACUAUUAUUUUCAGGAGUCAAAACUGAGCAGGUGAAGGCAGAGGGGUGUUUAUUUCCUCUUAACAGGUCAGAAAUGCAUCUUCAGUGUGUGUCCAAUUGAGCAUUUGACAAGGUGUGUACAAGCACAGGGGUAUAUAUACAGGCAGUGUUGUAAAAAACUAAGCAAGUGGUUGGUAUCUGUUGUAUAUACAUUUUUUUGUGACUAUGAUGCCAUUCGUAUUGGAAUAGAUGAAGUUUGAACAAAAUAACCAUUCUGUCUACUCCUGUUCAUUUUACUGCUCUUUACCAUCAGUCAUCUUGUGUGCACCCAAUAGAGAAGGAUGUGAAUAUAUGCAGGAUGUGAAAUUGUGCCUUCGACAUACUGGAAGUCGCAGCUUUAUUUCACAAGGUGCACAGAUUCCCCCAUCUUAUGCAGAAUCCCACCAGUGAGACAUGCAGGCCAUGUUUCUGAAUACUUGAAGUACCAUUUGUUAUGCAAUUAUUUGGCUUCACCCUUUUAUGAGCUGGGGGAAGAAGAAUCGCACAUCCAUCCCUUUGGAUGAGCCAAACAAAUCCUUGUUCCAGCUCCUGCAGUAUUUUACAGGAAAGUUUUAGUAUCUGUUUUUAUUUCAGGUGUAUACUUACUAGAGUCACUUUUCUUAAGAUCUUACUUUGAUAUGGGCUUUCCAUUUAAUGCUUUCCUUUGGCUUCCUUUUAUAUUCCUCUUCAUCAUUCACUUAGAAGAAAAGCAACAGCUUCCUGUAAUUGUGAAUUUCCAGCUUGCCUCUUGGACACAGAGGUACCUAACUCCGUGCCUGAGAGGUGAACUGGUUUUCAGAAUUCCCUCAUUAUACCUUUUGAUGAAGCACUGACUUUUGCAGAUAGCAAACCUGGUAUUACAUGUAUUCAAUGCACAUAUCUUUGCUUGUUUUGAUCACCAGAAUUAAGAGAACUGGACAGUAAAUCAGAGCUCUAUUUGCAAAGUAUGAGCACACUUUUGGUGUUAGAAAAAGUCUGUUUUCAACAAAAGCCUUGAAAUUCCUGCUGAAGCUGCCUUAUUUAAAAAUCAGUUUAUUUGUGAGACUCAUCUCCUUUUAUUUCAAGUUUUGAAAUAGUUUAUUUAGCCUCAUCUCACAAAGCUGUGAAGUAGAUACUGUAGACAUGGUACUAUUUAUUCUUGUUGCCGAGAGCAUGUUCAUGUGUUCUGUAUCAUGUUAUAUUCACGUGUUUUGUACCUCAAUGCCUUUGUGGGGUUUGUUUUUUCUUUCAGAGCACAAAGCAAAACUGAAUCCCAGGAUAACUGUAGUGUCCAUGGCCCAGCAUCUUUGGGCAGCCAAACCUCAGCUCUAAGAGAGAGGUGAACCAGACUAGUCUAUUGCAAUUUUUGGUUUGUACUAUAAGGAGUAUUUAUGAUUUAUGGUAUGUAUUUAAGGUUAUUUUUUGGUUAAAAUACUGAACUUUAAAAAGCUCUGAGUAUAAGAAUCCCUUCAAACAUAUCUUUAAUGUGAAGCGCACAAAAAAACCCAAGCUCUACAAAUACCCCAUCCUUCUUGGUAUUUUGUAUUUUGUCAGCUGAUAGACUGGAGAAGGUUUUGGUUUCAAAUGAAUUGUAGUACUUUCUGGGGUGAGCUUUUGUGGAAGGGCACAGAGCCUAGGUUCAGUUUUGUCCUUUGUGCAAGUAACUGUGCAUUAGAAUAAUCACAACGAAGCCUUUUACCUCCCAUUUAUGGUGUGGAAAGUGUUUCUCGGUGUACUGCACUGCAUGUGAUUGAUAGCUGUCUCCAUGGUUGACAUUUGCACUUUAAUAAACUCGGAGAUGAAAAGAGGCAAAAGCAA